GAUGUAGUUAUUUGUAUCUAUUUUAAUACAUCACAAACAGCAUGUCAAUCAUGGUACUUUCUAAUUCAAAGCAAGUAAAGAACUGGAAAACUCCCUGCUCUUUAACCACAUAUCCCAGGAGCGGCAGCAUGACGCGCAACAACAAAGCGACAAAGAGAAAAUCAAACACAGCCCAACAAAAGCGUAUUGUUACCAAGAUAAAAACACACACGUUUAAACCAAAAGGAGUUACAACUAGAUCGCAAAAAUUGGCGGAGAAAAAGAACAAGAAGAUAAGCGGAAGUCUCGGACAGAUGCGAACACAAACAAUGAUUGAAUCGCAGGAAAAUCAACAACAGUCCUCCAAUGCUGUUCCGAACAAACACCGGCAGGGACGCUUUACUCGGCAACUUCGUUCAUCGAUGAAAAGUAACAGUACCAAUGUCAACAACAAUCAAUGUCUCGCCAGUACUAGUAUUACAGAACCAAGCAUCAACUGGAAGUCAACGGGAGAAACGAUCUUGAUUGAAGAUUCGGAUGAUGAUGAAGCUAAAACUACCGAUAAUGGUGAAAACUCAAGGCCCUUAUUUUAUCUAGAUCGAAAUCCCGGCAUACGGGAUGCCGAAGUUCCUCUGUACUUUGUUUGCGGUGAGGUUGAAGAAUCGGUAUCCAACAAUAUGCGUUGUUCCGUCGACAAUCGCGACGACAGCGUAAUAGUGUUGGACAACACCAUAGAUCAAACGAUGAACGCCAACGUGCAAAUGGACGUGGAAACCGAUCAGCCAUCAGCUUCGGACAAUGUAUCCAGCAGCUGCUUGAAUAUUAUCACCGACGGACAAAUCGAUACACAAUCUAAACAAUCAGUUGCGACUGUAACGAACGUGCCAACAGAAGUGAUCGAGCUAAGCGACCACUCUGACACGGAGCCUAGCAGUUCAUCUACAAGCAAGACCCCUGCAUUUCCAGCAAUGGAUUGUAUUCCGCUUGGGUAUAGUGUGUUGCAACGUCCAGCGAGCAAAGCUACUGCUAUUCAAAAACCGACCAAAAAAACAAGAUGGGAAAACGCUGAUAAUGAUAUGGCCGUGUCUAACAAAGCAGCACCCCAGAACCACGCCGAAAAAACGGAAGGAACUAAGAGGAUGGUGAUCAUCGAUGGAAAUAAUGUAGCAUUUGGUCAUCUGAAUAAUAAAACGUUUUCAGUUAAGGGGUUACAAUUAUGUAUAAAUUACUUUAAAAGGCUCGGUCACGAGGUUAUCGCCGUAGUGCCUCAGUUCAGGUUAAAAAAGCAUCAAAGUACGGAUUACGUAUUACUGGACAAAAUGCACCGAGCAGGCGAUGUAACUCUAGCUCCGAGCAAGAAUCUGCCUGGUCAGUGUUCUUCAACGUACGACGAUCGCCUAAUAUUGUCAGUUGCGGAACAGUUUGACGGAGUUAUUAUUUCAAAUGACAAUUUUCGCGACCUUCUCGAAAUCUCUCCAGCUUGGCGAAGGAUUAUUGAAACACGCGUCAUCGGUUACACGUGGGUAAAAGACUGCUUCUUUCUACCGGACGAUCCUUACGGACGCUACGGUCCUACAUUGCAGCAACUAUUGAACGGAAAAUCCAAGUAA